AUGAAUAAAAAAGAAAUUAAAGAAAUUGGAGAUUCAACAUCAUUGACAAAAACAAGUUUACUUAAAAUUGAAUCAAAAGAAGGAUUAUUAAUAUAUAUAUUUACAAAGUUAUUUGAUCAUCCAAUACGAUAAUAAAUUAAAUUUGCAUUUGGAUAAAUUAAUGUGUUUAUUAAAAAAUAAGGAAUAAAAUGUUUUAAGAGUGAAAUGAAUAGUAUGGAAUGCUUAAAUUAAGGAAUUUAUUGGGAUUAGAAAUAUUUUUAUAACAUUAUUCUAUGUUUGGAAAGGCCUGAUAAAGAUUUUAGGUAUAUUUAUAAUAAUUAUUUAAUAGCUAUUCAUUUAGAAGAAGCGAAGGAAACGAACAAAUUCCAUGUGAUUACGUUUUAACAUUAUUUGAGAGAGUUCAUAAAUUAAAUGAAGUUAUUUUAUCAAAAGUAUAUUUAAUUGAAAAUCCAUCACUUUCAACUUUGGAUUAUUUUUACAGAAUUUCUAAAGAUAUUUAAGAUAAAACAGAAGUGGCAUAUAAAAAUUUGGAAGAAAAAUUUAUAAAUUGAUAUUGAAUUUAUAAUCAAUUAAUCAUAAUAUGGAGAAGAAGAAAUUAAAAAAAAAUUUGUCCAUUUAUUAAACGAGAAAAAAAAAAAAAUUUUUAGAUUAAAUUAAAUAAAUGGAUUAAUAUCAAAUUAAAUUAUUGAAUAAGAACAAUAAAAUAAUUAAAUAAAUGUUGAUGAUUUUUUUGAAGAAAAGUAAAUUCCAGUUAAGAAAUAAUAUGAUGAUUAAUGGCAAAACUCUCUAUUUCCAGUCAGUUAAAUAGAUUAAUUUUUAUUCACUUAGGAUACUUAAAAUAAAAAAGAUCUCAAGAAUAUUCAAUCAAAAUGA